GGCUGAGUCAAAAGCCAAGAAGUCUCUUAUUUACGCCUACCUCCCAGCCCCUGGCAGUCUGACUAAUAACAAACUGAGCUAACAAGAAAGACUAGAAAGAGGAAAGAGAAGAUAGAAUCAGCUUGGAUUUAAAAAUCUAACAAGCCAAGAGUGAUCAUUUUGAGCUCUGCUGAACAUCUUGUUUAUUUACAGAAUCCAAAUGCUUGCAAAUGGUUAACUAUAUGCAGAAAAGUCAGCAUAGCUGUGAAGUAUGCUGUGAAUUUUAAUUGAGGAAAGAAGACAACUGCUUACAGGAUAGUCUAAUGUGACUCUGCCUGUGAGAUUUUUUUUCAGUUAAAUGACCUGCACUUUGUUUUCUGAUUCAGGAUUUUAACUUUAUGGAACUGUAGUUGUAUCAGAGUGUGCAGGGAAGUGAAAACUCCAAAGAAAGUGUACAUUUUAAUAAAGGAGGACUGAAUUACAAUCGAACAUCUGCUCUAACUGUGUGCACCAUUGAUCGUGUCACAGGAUGUUGCUGCUGUACAGAAUCUGCUGGGCAACCAUGAAGCUAUGGAUUUUUAUGCUAUGUUCUGUUUUGGUUGCCUCUGAUUUACCACAGUCCCAGCCUUCUUUGUCUUCAUUUAGAGGAUCUUGUGAAACUUUGUGUUUGUGUGAAGAAAAGGAUGAUACUAUGAUUAUAAACUGCGAAGAAAGAGAUAUCAAGUUGAUAACACAAAUAAAUGUCCCACCAUCACGGCCUUUCCAUCUUAAUCUGCUAAACAAUGGCUUGACCAUGCUGCAUAUGAAUGAUUUUGCUGGCCUCAUCAAUGCUAUCUCUCUACAUCUUGGCUUUAAUAAUAUUGCAGAUAUUGAGCCUGGAGCUUUUAAUGGUCUCAGCUUUCUUAAGCAACUCCAUAUUAACCACAAUUCUUUAGAAAUACUUAAAGAGGAUACUUUUAAUGGACUUGAAAACCUGGAGUUCCUUCAGGCAGACAACAAUUUCAUCACAGUGAUCGAAGCAAGUGCCUUCAGCAAGCUCAACAGACUUAAAGUGCUUAUUUUAAAUGAUAAUGCCAUUGAGUUUCUUCCUCCUAAUAUCUUUCGCUUUGUGCCAUUGACCCACUUAGAUCUUCGUGGAAAUCAGCUGCAAACACUUCCCUAUGUUGGCUUUUUGGAACAUAUUGGUAGAAUCCUGGAUCUUCAGUUGGAAGACAAUAAGUGGGUCUGUAAUUGUGAAUUACUGCAGCUGAAGAUAUGGCUAGAAAACAUGCCUCCCCAGUCAAUAAUAGGCGAUGUUGUAUGCAACAGCCCUCCUAUUAUCAAAGGUAGCAUUCUAAGCAGAUUGAAAAAAGAAUCACUCUGCCCUACCCACCCCGUAAAUGAACUUGAAGAUCCUUCAGGAUCACUGCCUUUGGUAGUAACCACCUCUAUAAGUGAUAGUCACUUAUCAACCAGAGUGAUCCCUAUCCUGAAAGUUCCUACCCAGGAACCACGUUUAGUGCUACAUGCCACAAAGCCAGCCACUCAGCCUCCGGGAAUAUAUUGCCCUGUACCUUGUCACUGUACCAGCCAUAUCCUCUCAGGGGUUCUAAUGCACUGCCAGGAGCGAAAUAUUGAAAGCUUAUCUGAUUUAGGACCCCCUCCUCCACAUCCUAAAAAGCUUAUUCUGGCUGGAAACAUUAUUCAAACAUUAUUGAAAUCAGAUCUUGUGGACUAUGCUAGCCUGGAAAUGCUUCACUUGGGAAACAAUCGCAUUGAAAUCCUAGAAGAAGGAUCAUUUAUGAAUCUAACUAGAUUGCAGAAACUCUAUCUAAAUGGUAAUCACCUUACAAAAUUAAAUCAGAAUCUUUUCCUUGGGUUACAACACCUUGAAUAUUUGUAUCUUGAAUAUAAUGCUAUCAAGGAAGUCUUACCAGGGACAUUUAACACAAUGCCAAAACUGAAAGUCCUGUAUUUAAACAACAACCUUCUUCAAACUUUACCACCCCAUAUUUUUUCAGGGGUGCCAUUAGCCCGGCUAAACCUGAAAACAAACCAGUUUUCACAUUUGCCUGUGAGCAAUGUUUUGGAUGACCUGGAUAUGUUGGUACAAAUUGAACUUGAAGAUAACCCUUGGGACUGUACUUGUGAUUCAGUUGGGCUGCAGCAAUGGAUACAAAAGCUCAGUAAGAAUACAAUCAUAGGUGAAAUCUUUUGUAAAUCUCCAGGGCACCUUGCUAAAAAAGAAUUGAAAGCUCUGAACAGUGAAGUCUUGUGUCCAGGCCUAAUAAAUAGCCCAACUUUGCCAACCCAUGCUAGCUUUAUAGUUGUGACAACAUCUUCUACAACAAGCAAUACAGCAGAUACUAUUCUACGAUCACUUACAGAUGCUGUCCCACUUUCUGUUUUAAUCCUAGGACUCCUAAUUUUGUUUAUAACUAUUGUAUUUUGUGCAGCAGGAAUAGUUGUCCUUGUUCUGCAUCGACGGAGGAGAUUCAAGAAGAAACAGGCAGAUGAGCAGAUGAGAGACCCUAGCCCAGUACACCUCCAAUACAGCAUGUAUGGCCAUAAAACCACACACCACACAACUGAGCAUCCAGCUACAACUCUUUAUGAGCAACGUAUAGUCAGCCCCAUGGUUCAGGUUUAUAGAAGCCCAUCCUUCAGCCCAAAACAUACAGAGCAACAAGAGGAGGGAAACGAAAAAGAAGGAAAUGACUCCAGACAUCUCCGUCGAAGUCUCCUGGAGAGAGAGAACAGUUCACCUCUUACAGGUUCAAAUGUCAAAUACAAAGCUAUUGACCAAUCAGCUGAAUUUCUGUCCUUUCAGGAUGCCAGCUCCUUGUACAGAAAUAUUCUUGAGAAGGAGAGAGAACUCCAGCAACUAGGGAUCACUGAGUACCUAAGGAAAAAUAUUGUCCAGCUGCAACCUGACAUGGAAGUACAUUAUCCUGGAACACAUGAGGAGCUGAAGCUAAUGGAGACACUCAUGUACUCCAGACCGAGAAAGGUUUUUCUAGAACAGACGAAAAAUGAAUAUUUUGAACUCAAAGCAAACUUGCAUACUGAACCUGACUAUCUGGAAGUCUUGGAACAGCAAACAUAGAGUGAUAAAACUUUGGGCUAGAGCAGAUACUCUGUAAUUGUAUCUCAAGUUGGAACGUUGUAAAUAAAAGUGCCUUAUAAUAAUGUGUUAUCAGUCAAAAUCUAAGCACAGCAGUAAUCCUAGCAAAAACAAACCUCAGGGAUCACUGUGGGAAGCCAUGGGGAUAUUUUGCAGGCAAUAUAUCUUGCCCCAAAUUAAACAUGAACUCUUUGUGAUUGAACUGUGGGAGGAAAAUUGCCAUAUUCCUCUAGGUUUUUUUUUUUAAAGGUGUGUAUGGCACUUCUCAUUCUGUACCUAACCUAGGAUGAAAUAUUUAUGUUACUUGUACUCCUUUCUUUGCUCCCAAUUUAAUUGGAUUACUUUAUUUUCUAAAAACACUUGAAUUUGUAAUUAUAAAGGAUAAAAUGUAUUGGUUAGGUAUUAGUACAUGCACUACAUAUGUGAACAUAAUCUACAAAUGCACUUAUCAUACCCUUGUAAUAGAUAUUACAAAAGGAAUUAAAGUUUUGUCAUCCUAAAUGUCAGUUCAAGAGUGAAAGAGAGACAAAAAGAUAUAUUUGUGUGUGUGACCAGUGCCUGCAAAUAUUUAAGUAUCUUAUGUGGGACUUUAUCACAUGCACUCUGUAUCAGUAGGUGGAUAAAAAAGUAUAUAUAUAUAUAUAUAUAUAUAUAUAAAAAUAUAUAUUUACCCAAGAAUUUAAGAGAUAUAAACAAAGUCGUCUUCUGCUUUCCCUAUCUGAUAGUUUUACUCAAGGUUGGACAAUCUUCUCUCAGGCAGCUGCUAUAAAAUGUGUGCAUCACUGGUGUUUUGACUCCUAGUCCUGAGCAAUUUGAAAGGCUACUGGGAUUAAGUUGUAAAUAUAUCAGUGCAUAUAAAUUUGACUUCUUUCAUUAUGAAUGGUUUCUGUGGCUUUCAAGAUUCCUGACAGAAAUACAUUCACUGUGGCCGGUAACUUCAGUAACUUUCAGGUGCAAAAAGCGAAAAACAAAAACCAAACAAAACACCAUACACACAAAGAAAAAUAUGUUUUGGUGUUUGUAUUAUGAAUGUUCUAUACCUGACACAAAUCAGCAGUAAAAACAAAAAACCAAACAUGUUCAUAGUAAAUGGCAAAAAUGGAUGAGAACAGGAGCACUGAAUCUUUAUUUCACAAAAGGUUGAGCUAGAUUAAAUAUUUAUUCUAUAUAGUUUUGCAUUUUUUUCAGUUCAGAAAAAGAAAUAUUCUUGGGUGCCUUCUAAGCAAAUCAAAGAAAUUCUCACUAUUAAAAAAUACAUGGAAAUAAA